GACUGAAAACCUUAAGCGCAGAUGCCAGUAAAGCGGCGCGACUUCAGAUGUUCCAGAAAUAUCAUCUUGAUCUGGCCUUUAUCCAACCAUUAGAACCCCCACACGUUCUUCAGUGUUUCUGUUAUAAUCUCCUUGACUAGAAGAGCACACCUUUUUUUGCUGGAUAUAUUCAUUGGUAGAACUUUACAGAAUGUCAGAAACUCCGACACAAGACACGUCGUCGGCCACCAGUAACCCCGCCACGGUCCCUGAUACUACCACCGCUACAUCGACAAGCAGUCCCACGCCGACACAGACGGCACCAGGCGCGGUUCAGGACAGCUCAGCGACCGGUCCUGGCGAACGGAAAGUCGCGGCGUAUCAGAGCCUACUGACGAAUAAGUCCCGGAAGCUCACAGACGGAGGACCGCUGCUGACCAAAGAGCUGCGAACGAAACAAGAGCUGGAGAAGGUUAAGAAGAUUGAGAAGAUCGAGAUUCGCAUCAAAUUCCCGGACCAGACACAGCUCAUGAGCACCUUCAAACCCAACGAGACAAUAGACGACGUCAUGACUUUUGUCCGCUUCUCGCUCGUCGAUCCCAUGAUCCCCUUUUACUUCUUCAUCACCCCUCCCCGUCGCGUGCUUUCCGACCCUUCCAAGAAACUCGUGGACGACCUCAAGUUCGCCGCGCGCGAGAUCCUCUACUUCUCAUGGGACACGCAGAAGAUAGCGGAGCAACUGGGCGAAGGGUACCAGGUCCCCGCGCAACCCCUGCGGCCGGAGGUGUUGAAGGCCGCCCAAGAUAUUUCCAAGUUACGCACGUUUGAGAUGGAGCAGCAGUUGCAGAGGGACAAGGAAGAGGAGGAGGCGAAGAAGAAAGGGAAGGCGAAGGCGCCUACGGGUACUGGUAGCGGCGGGAGGACCCUUGGUGGUGGCAGCGGCGGGAAGCUUACAAAACCACCGGCAUGGAUGAAGCUUGGGAAGAGGUAAUUGUGGAGGGGUGGAUGGUCUGUAACUAGAGAGAUUUAGAAUGUCUACAGUCUUUGAAUACAUCAGUCGCUUUACGGAGCAGAAGACUGAACUUUCGCCCUACAUGCACAUUUUAAGAUUCUGUAAGAUCUCUAGUUUG